AGGACAGCAGAGAGGAGGAGACGCACACAGGAGAGAAACACCCGUCUCCGUAUUUUUUGGGGAGGAAGACAACUCUACUGUGACAUCAUAUUUCCCAGAGACACAAAGUGGAGGAUAAAACAGUCGAGCACCUUCUCUGUCAGUGUGGGAACGGAUCCACUCAGGGGACACAAAUGUGAGCGCCGCGCACGGAUCACACUCAGGUGCAGAGAAACCAAACUGGCGGCGCACUUAGGAUGCAGAAGUCACCAGUGGAAGAUGCAAACUUCCUCUCCAAAUUUUUCUUUUGGUGGACGACACCGCUGCUGAGGAAGGGCUUCAGAAAGAAGUUGGAGCUGACAGAUGUGUAUAAGGCUCCGUCUUUUGAUCUGGCAGACAACCUCUCUGAGAGACUUGAAAGAGAAUGGGACAGAGAGGUGGUGUCAGCCAAGAACAAGCCCAGGCUGAUGAGAGCGCUGGCCCGAUGCUUCCUCGGCCCUUUCGCCUUCUUUGGCAUCCUCCUCUACCUCGGGGAGGCUUCCAAGACGGUGCAGCCUCAGCUUUUGGGUCGUAUCAUCGCCUCAUUCGACCCUUUCCACGCUCCAGAGCGGGGUCAGGGAUACUUCCUGGCUCUCGGCCUCUGCCUCCUCUUCACCGCCCGCUUCCUCCUGCUGCAACCUGCCAUCUUUGGCCUGCAUCACCUGGGCAUGCAGAUCCGCAUCGCCCUGUUCAGUCUCAUAUACAAGAAGACCCUGAAGCUGUCCAGCCGAGUCUUGGAUAAGAUCAGCACCUGUCAGCUGGUCAGUCUGAUGUCUGCCCACCUCAACAAGCUGGAUGAGAGCCUGGGUCUGGCCCACUUUGUGUGGAUCACUCCCCUGCAGUGUAUUCUGUGUGUGGGUCUGAUCUGGGAGCUGAUUGAGGUGAACGGCUUCUGUGCGCUGGCAGCUCUGACUCUGCUCGGCAUCAUCCAGGCCUGGCUCUCACAGAAGAUGGGACCGCACCGGACACAGCGUGCAGGGAUGAUCAGCCGCCGUCUGGCUCUCACCACAGAGAUCGUGGAGAACAUCCACUCUGUGAAGGCGUACGGCUGGGAGGAGGUGAUGGAGACCAUCAUCAAGAACAUCAGGCAUGACGAGAUGACGCUUACGAGGAAGAUUGGUUCUCUGCGUUACUUCUACAGCGCCUCAUACUUCUUUUCUGCCAUCUUGGUCAUCGUGUCUGCCAUCGUGCCGCAUGCGCUCAGUAAAGGCAUCAUCCUGCGGCGUAUCUUCACCACAGCCUCCUACUGCAUGGUGCUGCGGAUGACGUUGACCCGCCAGCUGCCAGGAUCCAUCCAGAUGUGGUAUGACACGCUGGCACUGGUCAAGAAGAUUGAGGAUUUCUUGUUGAAGGAAGAAUACAGAGUGCUGGAGUACAACCUGACCACCACUGAACUGGAGCUGGUCAACGUGUCUGCAUCCUGGGACGAGGGCAUCGGUGAGCUGUUUGAGAGGAUCAAGCAUGAGAACAAAGCUAACGGACACCUGAACGGUGACGCCGGCCUCUUCUUCACUAACCUCUACGUCACACCUGUGCUCAAAAACAUCAGCCUGUACCUGGAGAAGGGCAAGAUGCUGGCAGUGGCUGGAUCCACUGGCUCAGGGAAGAGUUCCCUGCUCAUGAUGAUCCUGGGAGAGCUGGUGCCGUCAGAGGGUAAAAUCCGACACAGCGGUCGCAUCUCGUUCUCACCACAGACUUCCUGGAUCAUGCCGGGGACGAUUCGAGACAACAUCCUGUUUGGCCUGACCUAUGACGAGUACCGCUACACCUCCGUCAUCAAGGCCUGCCAACUGGAGGAGGACUUUGCUCUGCUGCCUGAAAAAGACAAGACGCUCCUCGUUGAAGGAGGGGUGACCCUCAGCGGCGGUCAAAGGGCUCGUCUCGGACUGGCCAGGGCUGUGUAUAAAGAUGCAGACCUCUACCUGCUAGACGCACCUUUCACCCACCUGGACAUCGUGACAGAGAAAGAGAUCUUUGAGAAGUGUGUGUGUAAACUUAUGGCUUCCAAGGCACGCAUUGUAGUCACCAGCAAGUUGGAUCAUCUAAAACGAGCCGACAAAAUCCUUCUACUGCACAACGGAGACUGCUACUUCUACGGUACCUUCUUGGAGCUGCAGGCCCAGCGCCCUGACUUCAGCUCCCUCCUCCUCGGCAUGCAGGCUUAUGACAACAUCAACGCAGAGCGACGCAGCUCCAUCCUCACAGAAACUCUCCGCAGGGUGUCCAUCGAUGAAACCGCUGGCUUCCGAGGCCCAGAGACAAUUCGCCAGUCAUUCCGCCAGCCGCCGCCUCCCAUAGUCAUCUCUGGAUCCCAAGGCCAUCCUGGAGGUGAUGGCUACCCAGAAAAACGCAAACAGUCCCUCAUCCUCAAUCCCCUGGCAGCCGCUCGCAAGUUCUCCUUCAUCGGGAACUCCCAACAGACUGCAAAUGCUCCCCAGUCCGCGACGAUAGAGGACGGGGCUUGUGAACUUUCUGAGAGGAAAUUCUCAGUAGUACCGGAGGAUGAUCAAGUAGAGGAAGUGCUCCCCAGGGGGAACUUGUACCAUCAUGGGUUGCAGCACCUCAACGGGCAGCGGCGCCAGUCUGUCCUAGCGUUCAUCACCAACUCUCAGGGCCAGGAGCGCAGAGAGCAGAUGCAGUCCUCCUUCAGGAAAAAGCUGUCCAUCACGCCGCAGUGCGACCUGGCGACCGAGCUGGACAUUUAUGCCCGCCGCCUGUCCAAGGACAGUGUGUAUGACAUUAGUGAGGAAGUGGAUGAAGAAGACAUGGAGCAAUGUUUUGCAGACGAACGUGACAACAUCUUUGAAACUACCUCAUGGAGUACCUACCUACGCUACAUCACCACCAAUAGGAGCUUAGUCUACGUCUUAAUUUUUAUCGUCGUAGUCUUCGCCCUUGAGGUUGCUGGAUCAGUCCUUGGCAUUUUCCUCAUUACUGAUGAGAUCUGGAGGGACGGCGCCAACCCGGCAUCGCCAAACUACAUCGACGAGCAGCACCCCAACACCUCGUCGCCCCCCACCCACCUGGCAGUCAUCGUCACACCGACGAGCGCCUACUACAUCAUCUACAUCUUUGUGGCCACGUCGGAGAGUGUGCUGGCCUUGGGAUUCUUCAGGGGUCUCCCAUUAGUGCACACGCUACUCACUGUGUCCAAAAGACUGCAUGAACAGAUGCUUAGCGCCGUGCUGCGAGCUCCCAUGGCCGUGCUCAACACCAUGAAGACAGGCCGGAUCAUUAACAGGUUCACCAAGGACAUGGCCACUAUAGAUGACAUGCUGCCUCUGGUGCUGUUUGACCUCAUACAGCUCACGUUGAUUGUUACGGGUGCCAUCUUCACUGUGUCCAUCAUGCGGCCUUACAUCUUCAUCGCUGCCAUCCCGUUGGCUUUCCUCUUCGUUAUCCUCAGAAAGUACUUUUUACGAACAGGACAGCAGCUCAAGCAACUAGAGGCUGAAGCUCGCAGCCCCAUCUUCUCCCACCUCAUCAUUUCAUUGAAGGGUUUGUGGACGAUUCGGGCAUUUGGGCGUCAGACCUACUUCGAGAUGCUCUUCCAUAAAGCGCUCAAUACUCACACAGCCGCCUGGUUCCACUACUUGUGCACGCUGCGUUGGUUCCUCUUCCGCUGUGACAUGAUCUUCGUCCUGUUCUUCACCGCCGCUGCCUUCAUCGCCGUGGGAACCAACCAGGACAAACCAGGGGAGAUUGGCAUCAUCGUGGCCCUGGCCAUGCUUAUUCUGGGGACCUUCCAAUGGGCUGUCAUCACCAGCAUCACUGUGGAUGGACUGAUGCGUUCGGUGGAUCGGGUGUUCAAGUUCAUUGACAUGCCACCAGAGGAGCCACUGCCAGGGAAAUCUGGUAAAGGAGGCUCCGACCUCAUCAUCGACAACCCGCACGCCAAGGACUGCUGGCCCAACCGUGGCCAGAUGGACGUCCGGGGUCUCACUGUCAAAUACACGGAGGCUGGUCGCUCCGUCCUCAGCGACAUCUCCUUCUCUGUGGAUGGAGGGCAGAGCGUGGGUCUGCUGGGUCGAACCGGUUCAGGGAAGAGCACCCUGCUCUCCGCUUUGCUGCGUCUCGCCUCCACUGACGGAGAAAUCUCCAUCGACGGCGUCUCCUGGAACUCCGUGUCCCUGCAGACAUGGAGGAAGGCCUUCGGGGUGGUGCCGCAGAGAGUCUUUAUUCUGACCGGCACCUUCCGGAUGAACCUGGACCCUCAUGGACGUUACAGUGACGAAGAGCUGUGGAGGGUCGCUGAGGAGGUGGGUUUGAAGUCAGUGAUCGAGCAGUUUCCAGACAAGCUGGACUUUCAGCUGGAGGACGGAGGCAACGUGUUGUGCAACGGACACAAACAGCUGCUGUGUCUCGCCCGCUCCAUCCUCAGCAAGGCCCGCAUCCUGCUGCUGGACGAACCCUCCGCCUACCUCGAUCCCAUAACGUUACAGGUCCUGAGGAAGACGCUGAAGCAGGCGUUCUCUGGCUGCACUGUCAUCCUAUCAGAACACAGAGUGGAGCCGCUGCUCGAGUGUCAGUCAUUCCUGAUGAUUGAGGGCAGCUCCAUGAAGAGCUACGACUCCAUCCAGAAGCUGCUGAAUGAGAGGAGUCACCUGAAACAGGCCAUGAGCCCCGCCGACAGGCUCCACCUCUUCCCCACGCUUCACCGCCUCAACUCCAGCAAGAGGGCACCGCCGCAGGCCGCCAAGAUCUCGUCUCUGCCGGAGGAAGCUGAGGAUGACAUCCAUGACACUCGCCUCUAACCCGCCAGGCACUCACGCGCGCACACACACACGGACACACACACACUCCUAACUCAGAACACACAAGAGUUUGAUCCAGUGUUUUGAUACAGGUGAUCGUGGGUCUAAGUGAUAAACAGUAAACAGACAUUAUUCCCUCAAACUACCAGUGAACAAGCAUCUCAAUAACUACGGGACACUGAAACAUUUUAUUCAUCAGGAGAACUCAGUUUACACUGAGUCAUAAUGGACUAAAAUCAAAAAUUAAAUGUGCAAAAAAAGUUCCAUCAUAUUUACAUGAAACAAAACUGACUAGUUUGAUUUUUAAUAAAAAAUCCAGUUUUGACCAGUAUAAUAAUUUAACCCUUGUGCACAUACAGAAUAUUGCACACAUGCAAAUUAGCAUGUAGAGACACAAGCACAGACGACACACGUCCAGUAACAACAUAGCAAAGAGCAUCAAGCCACACACAGCUGUUUACUGUCACAUGAUGAGGCUGAUGUGUGGAGCUAAUAUAGUAAUUGUUGGAGGACAUUUUGCACCCAUGUAAUAAAAAGUUAUGUGUCUGUAAUCGUUUGAAUGCUAACAGCUGAAAAACAAGAUGGCGGCGUGCAUAGUGGCAGCGACCCAGAGCUCUCCCCGCUUUAGCAGAAUUAGAUCUAUUGAUCUAUCUAACAGCCCUGUGCGUUGAUCUUAGAGUACUUUCACACUUGAUAAAAACGAACUCAGGUCCAUUUGUUCGUGUGGUUCGUGUGGGCAAGUCUGAAAGCUGUCAGUUGAACCCUGGUGUAGACCGAACAACUGAACCGACACUGCUCAAAAAAGUGGGUCUCAGUCCGCUUCCAAACGGACUCUGGUGCGUUUUGUUUGCAGAUAGCAGAUGUGGGAUUUUAGCAGCCAUUUGCUGAUCCUGAAAUCUGUCCACCAUCUCAUAACUGAUCCUGAUAAAGGCCACGUAUAUCCCAUAAACUAUUUAUGUUAAUGCAUACAUGUAACCAUGGUAACAGGGUAUUUUCCCUGAUUAAAAAGCUGUUCAAACUGCCAUCAUUGUAUCCUACUCAGUUUACUUUGUGUAUGUAAAAGCGCGUGACAGUGAUCCCACAGUAUGAAGCCCCGAAUCAUUUCGUCUUUUCAUCCCGUCUCUGUUCGUCAUUAUUCAGAACAUGCAGUUGAUUUGCAGUCUAAUAACAGCCUCCUAAUCAUGCUUACAGUCAGUUAUUUCUCUGUGAGCUCUUUGUGAAAUUGAAGAACAGAAAUAUAAACACUUUGGAAUCAUUCAUUAUCAAGUUCUGCUGCAUGAACGUCUGUUUGAUUUCCUCGCGUGGGUCCUGAUGAUGCAGGGUGACAAAUACCAAAACUGUCCAAUCAACCAGUCACCUGUCAGUCAGUAGAACUUCAUUCGUUUGUAAAAAGUCGGUGUGAACAUGAACCGAACCAAAACUAAAAUGCAGCAAUGGAUCAUUUUCUCCCUCCGGUGCGACCAAAUGAACUGAACCACAGGUGUGAAAGCACUAUAGAGCUGAAUGUUGCAUGAGUUUGAAUCAGGCGUGUGCAGUACAGAAUGUAACUUCAUAUUACAGUGUGCAAAACUUAACAGUUACACCACAUGUUGGCCAACACGAACAACAUGACUGCAAGUUUAGAAGAUAUUCAUAAAAACAUUCGUAUGCAGGUGAAUUGAAAUUUAAAGGAUCAGGCGACAGAAGCAUGAAAAAGUUCCAAAAUUGAAGCUUUUGCUGUAAAUCUGUCUCUAAAUUAGAACAAUAAUAAUAAGGCAGCGUCUGUAUUUGCUGCAGGGAGACAUUGAAAUGGGAGACUUUACUUUAACAAGCAUGAAAGAUAAGAUCCUUCCAUGUGGCAGGGACCAGAGCAACGUGGUUAGACGUAAUGUGCACAUAUUAACACGUCCUAAAAUCUAUGCUUCAGUGUGACUAACUAACUGGACACUUUGUCGUUGAAACAUUUCAAGCAUCUUUGCAGGUUUCAGUCAAACAGUGUGAGAGUUCCUUCAGUUCAGAUAAUCCUCAAAGUUUCUCUUCUGACGCCCAAAAGUUUUUGCUUUGAUAAAGCAUGAAGUGCAUUAGAUUUUUGUAGCAUAAUUUAAAAAAAUAAAAGCUCCACUGGUGUGGAUGAAGGGACUUUUACUUUCUGAGAAAAACACAAAGAAGAAGACGUUAGUGAGCAACCAGCUGGUUUUCACUGGAGCCUUCAGUCUCUUUAGAUUAUUUUAACUCCGACGGAACACAAAAUGGCCGCCACUGUAGAAAUCUGACUCACUGUAUGUAUCUCUUAUGAUCAGCUCUCUCUCCUGUACGAUUGAAAAGAGUAACUGUGAUCACAGCGAGGGAACAGUCAGGAAGCGUAGCGUUAACUGUCACAUGCAUCUAAUCAACCAGCUUCAGGAAGCUGACAGGAGUUAAUAAUGUUGCACAUAAAAAAUCUCCUGGUCUGAGGCCUUGCUCAAACAGCCGAGGGCUUAGAAAACAUUUGAUUCUGUUUAUAUUGUGUCAGUUUUAUUUAUAUGUGGCCUCAACAGAGAGAGUAAUUUGUUGUCUUAUUUUAGCGGUGACAUCACUGUUUCCUGUGGUGUUUAACAGCCCAUCAAAGUAUUCGAUGCAAAGUGCUGCAUAAAGUUUCUUACAAGGAAACUUACUGUGAACUAUUAUUUUGGUUUCCAAACUAGUGAUUGACACAGCACAGGUGUUGACAUUAACUAUAACUGUAUUUAAAGGUGCAGCAUGUGAUUUUGGAGAAAGAGAGUCGAUUGUUGAGUCUCAUUCACAGAUUGUCAAAUACUGACACUUUGGUUUGGUGGUUUAGGUCAACUUGAGUCCUGCACGGCUCCAUUUUUGAAACCCCACACCCAGUACCAGCUCAGUUCCAGAAUCUACCUGUUACCCGUCAUGUCUAAGUCAAACCCCCCCAGGCUCCAGUCCCUCACAUUAAGCUGGUUCUCCGUUCUUGAAUUGGACGUCUCUUUGACUGGAUGGUG